AAUUCUACUUCAACCACUCAGUGUAGCCCCUGCUACCAAAAGGAAAAUGCUGAAUGUCAUAGGCAAGAGGGUUUUCCCUUUCUCGUCUGCCUACCUCCAAUUAACCACCUUGUUACCAAGCUUUAAUGACUGAUUCCUGCUCAUGCUGAGGAAUACUCUUCAUAAAAGACUGGUCCAAGAUGGGCAUCAUGGAACUUAGGCAUUUUCCUAUGUAUCCGCUGUGCAGGGAUCCAUCGAAACUUAGGAGUUCAUAUAUCAAGAGUAAAAAGUGUCAAUCUAGAUACGUGGACACCACAGCAAGUAGCUUGCAUUCAACAAAUGGGUAACAGCAGAGCACGAGCAGUGUAUGAAGCAAAUUUGCCUGAUAGUUUCAGGCGCCCUCAGAUGGAUUCAGCUUUAGAGCAAUUUGUUCGGGCAAAAUACGAGGCAAAAAAAUAUAUAGCCAGAGAAUGGGUUCCUCCAGCCAUGCCCAACCCCACUUGGGAUUUAGAACUGGAAAAACAAUUGAAGAAGAAGAAACGAGAAAAGACUAGUGGUACAGUUGAAUUGCCAGCUCCAGUUAGUUCUCGUGGGAAUACUAGAGGAGCAAGUGUGUCACCGAAGCCUCUUCCCAAAGCCCCAGGAAGCAAAAGCUCCUCCCCUUCUCCAGGAACAACUGCUAAGGCUUCGACGGCAAAAGCUGCUACUACAACCACCUCUUCGAGUGCUACUCAGGAUCUGUUAGGUUUAGAUGCACCAUCUACUAAUGGUACCAGUGCAGACAAUUCUGAUCCAUUUGGGGAGUUCUUAGCAGCCCCUGCUAGUCAAACAAAUAAUACGUCAUCUUCACCAAGUCAAACUGUGAAUGCUUCCCCAGCAGCAACUGAGGGAUCUUCCAAAACUGAGGAGGAAAACUUUUUCAAUCAAAAAUUACCUGAAGGAGGCUCGGACAAACUUACUAAAGAUUCAAUACUUGCUCUGUAUGGACAAAAUCAACCCCAACCUCAGCCAGCAAAUAUGUUUCCAGGGAAUGUGUACUUAGGAACUCAAGGUCAACCAAUGGCACAACCUCCACCCAAUUUACAGAAUGGAGGAGUUUUACCCCAGCAGCCACAACAAAAUAUAAUGUUUAUGCCUCAAGGUGGAAUUCCUGGCGGAGCUGCAAUGCCUAAUCCUUUCUUUGCAAAUGGUAUGCCACAGGGUGUCCCAACUUCAAUCCAAUUAUCCGCAGCUAACCCUUUUGCACAGCUAGCUCCCAUGCACAUCUUCUCUGCUCCUUCUGAUUCCAGCUACAAAGCCUUCUAUCAGAUGCAGUCGCAGAUGGCAAGUCUGAAUAUUGGUGGGGUCGGCAACAUUAUGGGAGGUCAGCCACCAGUUAUCUCUCAAGCCCCAGGGAUGGUCGGUCCCAUGCAAGGAAUGGUAGGGCCUAUGGGAAUGACUGGAGGAGCUAUGCCGACUACUGGUGUCAUGCCACAAGCUAUGGGUAGUGCUGCCCCUGCCCCGGGCCUCGGGAAUGCUAAUCCCACAUUAGCUACUAAUUUGUGGCAAUAACUAUUAUGCACUUAGGAUGGUAUUAACCUUGCGGUGCUAUGCGCUGAACUGUGAGGAUGGGGGUGAUGGGUUGUUGUGGGCCAAGGAAAGAGGUAAGCUGGAGCUUGUUUGCCAGCAUGGGACCAGUUGUUAUGAUAUUGGUGUAUCUGUACCGAUCAGUUGGUAAGUUCACCACCGGCCUCCAUCCAUUACACAGUGAGUGAGAAAGCACGGUGGUACUUGUUCUGCUAAGGAAGACCCUUUUUGGGAAAUUUAUAAAUGGACAUAAAUAUACAGGUUUAUUGUUCCCUUUGUUAUUUAGUGGAUUUUGAUGCAUAUUAUUCCCCCCCUCCCUAGUGGCAGAGGAGGAUUGUGUAGGACGAGACUCGUCUUGUAACUUGAUUUUAACUUGGACAUUGAAGCCUUAAAGGAACAAGUUGUUCAUUUAGUAUAGGUGUUUUAUACAAAGAAAUUAUGGUAUUUCGUAAUGAAGAUAAACAUCGUCAAAACCAAAGCUUAUGUGUUGCUUUGCUUUAUGACCUGAAGUACCCUGUUACUUGGGAGUUGUUAUCAUUAAUAUUACCACAUAUUCAAGUCUAAGCCACCUUCCUUGGAAUUUGAUAUCAGAUUUCUUUUCUUAUGCAAGCAAAUGCAAAUUUUCAUUUACAGUCAAGUACCAGUUGCUAUAUCUUUAUUUUGUACUUUAAGAAUAUUUGUCAAAUUUUAUUUUUUUUGGUUUAUGCAGAAAUGUAGAAGUAUUAAGAACAUAAAGGACUUAAAUUUGUCUUUAUCUCUACCUACUGCAUUGAGGCAAUAUUAAUUGUGUUCUCUCGUUUAGGAUAUUGAAUAUGUAUGUGUCACAUUUAUGUACUUAAGGUAUUCAAUUCAUUCUCAUUUGCAGGAGAAACUAGUAAAACAUGCGAUGUUUUAGUUUGUCAUAAUAUUUUCAGGUGCACAUUAAUUGGGUGGGUAACAUUUCAUUGCAGCAGAAGUUUCUUUCAGUAUGGGUUUGCUUUUACACAAAAUUGAAAAUUCCAUCAGUAGCUCCAGAUACUGCAAGCAUGAGAGCUCACCUGUUAUGAUAUAGUUCUCGUGUUGGCAUUUUUUUUUUUACCAUGCAAAUCGUAAACUGCAGGUUUUCAAUUCUUAGGGACUUGUGUUCAUUUGAUUUCAACCAGAAGUUUAUCAGGUUUCUUCAGUGGUGUUUACAAGUUGGAGAGUUAAUUUAUAUAUAUGUACAGCUAUGAGCAUUAGCAUGGAUAGGGAAAAGUAAUGUUGGUAGUAUUCAGAUUAUGGUAAACGACAAAAUUAAUACAAGGUAGAAAGCAAUAAAUGUCAGAAAACUAAAAUGAUACAAGAAAGUGUUAUAAGGCAGUAAUGAAGGGGUAAUUUUUUAUCUUAGUUUUGCUCUGAAAGUCCCUCUUCCUUUAGAUGCAGAAUACUAAUCCAAAUUAUCAUAUAUGUAUAGUCAAAGUUCCUGCAAGCACUGAUUGACACCAAUUUAAAUAUUCUGGUAGUAUAAAUCAACAUUUUAUGAGCGGAGUUCCAUUGGAUAAAUUGGCUAAGAUCAUAUGAAGCAGUUUGAAGAUGUUCAGUGUAGUAUAUUUACUGGUUUUAUACUACUUAUUCUGUGUCAUAAUAUAAAGAUUUUAAGAAUUGUAUAUCGUAACAAAAAACCCUCUUUUACGUCAUCAAAAUGGAUGUUAGGUUCCUCAGCAUUUUACACAUAUAAAUAUUGAUUUUCAUAUUAAAAAUGCAUUUAGCAUGGCAUUUACCUAUUUGAUUGAGCUGUGUUAAAAUAUAAUAUGAAUUUCAGUAAGAUAGAAAUUGAGAAAAUCAUCCAAAUAGGGUAGGAAAAAGCCAUUUAACUUCAUUAGGAUACAUAGCAAAACCAUUCAAGUUGGAAUGUCGAGCACUGAAUUGGGUAGUGUAAGAUGCCUCCAUUUGUGUACAGUGAGUGUUCAAGGCAUAAUUGUUUCAUAUGCAUAGAAUUUUUGGAAUGUGCCAGUGCUUGCUUGCAAAAUGUAAAUACAUAUAACCAUAAAAAUAACUCAGGAUGGUGUUGUAAUGUAAUUUACUUUUAACCACUUUGUUUAAUUUGGGGCAUGCAGAACAACUAAUAUCAAGAAAUAAUUGUAAUUCCUCAUUGCUUCCAUUAACUUGUUCAUUUAUGGGUAAUCUGAUAAUGGGGAGGUAAGACUGUGCAAAAUUUUUGGCAUUAAAUGUUAUACUUUUAGAUAGAAAAUGCUAUUGCCAUUUAGAGCAAACUUACAGUAGGUGCCAUUGGAUUUGAUAAGUUGCCCAGAUGAAGUUCUUGAUAAAAAUGAAAUUUUAAUGCAUUGUAAAAAGCAUAUUUGCAGUCACCAAUUUCCUGUCUGGAACACUGUACCACAGUACUUUCAUUGGGUUUACAUUUUAAUCGAGGCUUCAGUUUUGGUUGGAAAUGAAAGUUUUUCUCACAAAGAGAAGUUUGUGAAUUUUGAAAUCUUUGGGGGUUGGGUGUUAAUUUCGUGGUAUAGCUUGCCUAAAAACAAAGUAGGCUUUUUAGAUUAGGACUUAAGUUACUGAAGUGCAGAAAGUGAUUUGAAAUUGUUUGGUGCUUAAAAGUUCAUUUGUCUAAACAUUCUAGGGAUUUUUGAAGAUUUAAAAUUUUCCUUAAUUUCAUAGUCUUCACUUUAAUCAUUUUGAUUCCAUUUAGUUAUCUGUUGCUGUGUGCUAUUAUGUGUGUAUGUUGGAAUAUUGCCUCAUUGUGUUUUGCAAAGAAUGUUGUCAUGAAUCAUUUGCCUUCUGUUUUGUAGUUUGCCAGAGUAUUUAAAUGGUAGCCGAAUGGGAGUUCAUUUAUUUCUUUAUGUUGAUGUUGCAGACUCGUGCGUUUAGGCAAGAAUCUAAUGCUUUGGACCAGCUCUUUGAAAAUUAAGGAUUCUAGCUUAUUUAAUCUGAUUGAACUAUUUUGAAAUUUGUUCGUGAAUAGGAAUUGCAAUAAAAUGAACCCAGCUGUUGGAAAGCCUAGAGGAUUCAAGAGAACUUCAAAGGCCAUAUUUUGCAUUGCUAAAAUCAAAGAAAUUAUUGGACUUUUAUAGUUUGUUCUAUUUUCUUUAAUGCCAAGGAGUAGCCAGCUUUGUGUAACAUUAUUACUACUGUUACAUUUCAACACAAGCAUGAAUUCCCAUCAUUUGCUGUGCUCUGUAACAAUUAAAAGGGCACACAUUCAUUGACAUUAAUCCUGGAUUGGUGUUAUUGUUAUUUAUAAAGCUUCAUGGCAUGAGUAACAUCCCACACUUUUGAGUUUUGUGCAGUGUUUUCUGGAUGUACACAAGCUGCUGAUUAAUUCAGGUGAUCAUUGAGAGUCAAAAGUAAGUUUGCUAUGCAGAUCAGAUGACUGUAAUCUUACAAGUGCAGUAGCUUUUCUUUUUACUGGUAUACGUAGAAGACAGUGUUUGCGGAACUUUGGUUGCAAAUUUUUUUUUUGUUUUAUUAGGUAAAAAAUACCUUGUAGAUGAUGUGAACUUGAAGUGAAUACUUACCAUCAGAUAUUUUAUGUUACUGUGGUAGCUCAAUUGUUUCCAAAUUUGUAAGGUACUGUAUACAGUGGGCAAGAGAUGUUUUUAAAGACUGUUAACCAAAUGUGCAGAUAGAGGAGCUUUAACUUGUUUUUCCCAGUAUACAGUAGUAUAUCUUGGAUUUAUCUCGAAGUGAAAUCAUUCUUUUCCAGUGGAUGAAAAAUAUUAUUUGCUAAUCAAACCAUUCAUGAUUUUAAAUGAGUUUUGAAGCCACAAGGCGUGUGAAUUGCAUUGAGGCUUGGGAUGGGUAUUCCAUUUUAUGCAAGUCCAGUAUGGUAGAGAAGCAGCCAUGUUUAUGCAAUAAGGUUUGAGAAACUUCUAUCAUUUUUAGAGUAAUGCCAACAGCUAUUCUGCUUAUAAAGGAUAAUGCACAAACAGCAGAGUUUACAUACACAGAAAAUACUCCACUAAGUCAAAUGUACAUUUACCUUUUCAACAAACAGGGAAAUUUGGCCAUAUGCCCAAUUAUCUGAUGAGUGACUCUUGUACUCUUGGAAUUCCCCAGAAAUCUCAUAAUUAUGUGUGAUACUUCUAACCAGGUAUUGUUUUGAAUUUAUAUAUACACAUUUACUAACACUUUGUGAUGUAUAUUUUGAAAAUUAAAUAUUUAUUUAUUUUAAGUUGUAUAUAUCUUUUUGUAUUUUGGAUGAAAUAUUUAUUUUAUCCUCAAUUUGCUUGAAAUUACUACCAUAUACAGUAGUCUUUUUCAUUCAGAAGACAGCAUAAACCAGCACUGUCAUGUUCAGUAUAGUACCUAGAAUAUGAGAGAUUCUCAUUUUCAAGGGGUUAUUGAUGUAAAGCGCAUAGUCCAGUCAUCCAUGGAUUUGUAGUACCACGGCUCGUUGUGUGAGUUGUUAAUUUUGUAAGAUCAAAACAUUUUACAUUGUUGUUCUUCUAUAGACCUGACAGAGUUACUUUUGUAGUUGGGUUGGAGGAUGAGAGUAGAAUUAUGAUAUUAUGUAGUUUGUUACUUUGGAUGAGAGGAUUUAUGCUUGUCCUGGGCUGUUAGAUCAAGUUGAAAGUUUGGGAUAAGUUGUUUUGAUUUUUUCACAUUCAUUCGAGUGUUUAUCAGGCAGUCUGUGUGUGUUGGUAAAUGAUUUAAGCAAGAGAGAAUUAUAACAAUGACAAUAUGCACUAGAUUACAUUUUAUUACAGCUGAUUGGCCAGCCGUGUUGGAAUUAUGAAUUUGAAUGCAUCGGUUUGUUUAUACAAUUUUUUUUAACUAACAGUGAAGGCCUGUUGCUUCUAAUCCUAAUUAGUACAAGGAGAAUUCCUUAUAAAUACUAGUCAUGUUAAUCGAUAUGCAUUUCUUGACUUUGAUCCACAGAAGUGUAAAUUGGAGACUCCUUGUACAAAGAGUAAGAGUCACUUCUUGGGUGGAAACAAAGCAAUAUUGAAGUCUAUUUCUUCCUAAAUCAGGUCUGUGAAGGUUAUUAUUUCUUUUAUAUUAAUUGGUAUUUGUCACAUUUCCAAGCAUAUAAUUUUUGUAUUCGAGCUUUUUUUAUUUUAUUUUAUUCAUUUUUUUUAGGUUUUUAUAAAUUAGUCAAGCAGCAUGUUGAACAGAUAAACUAGUCAAGGAUUUGUACUGUUCCAAAAAAUUUUUUUCCUAAAAUUUUCUUCUGGAGUUUUUCUGACAUUCUUUGGAAUAUUUGGCAACUUGACUAUGUCUUUUGUAUAUGAUGUAGGUAGUAUAUAACCAUGAACUUGCAUUCCUGAUUAACAUUAAAAGUACCAUUUCUGACAACUGGCAAGACAUUUGGAGCUUUGUAAUACCAUUUUGGUGUACAUUGUGCUUCCAUUAAUGAAAUAUUGCUCCCUUUGUUAAAAAUAGAGCUCUCUUGGAUAAUGAAAGCAGUUAUUUUGCUGGUAUUGAAAUAGAAUAUUUUCCAGAACCUAGAAUUCUCGAUGCUGCUCACAUAUCAUUAUUAAAAGAUUUUACUGCGGAAAUAGUAGGGAGUAUGGAAAUACUCAGUUUUGCCUUAUGAUUUUAUUUUAUCAGUCUUUGCUGCUCUACAUUACUGUCAUAGAAAUAGAAGACUUUGAGUCAAUCCAUAUACGUAGUACUAUUUACCCAUAUUUAGUUUGUUUGGUGAACUGUUAGUCUGUAAAUAUCAAAACGUAACCUUUUCUUGACAUAUGUAAUUACAUGUCUGAAUUUGCAUUUCAGUAUGUUUAUCACAAUCUUUUUAAGAAACAGAUAUUUUCUACUGGUGUUCCAACUCUUAAUGAUUCAUGCUCUUGUACUUUCUCAUAGAUUUAUAGUUCCAGCACUGUUUUUUUUAUAGAUAUAAAUCUCUGCUUGAAUCAUCACCAUUUUAGCAUUACUAUUAGAAUUAUUUCUAUUUUCUAUACCACACGGAUCUAGGUCAAGGGGUUGUGGCUACAUGAUAAUGUCCCCCCCCAUGAACUUUGGUUGACAAAUUUGAUAGCAGUAAACUUCUCUUUAAUUAUCGAAGUUGUUGUAUCCCAUGUUCCUUUAAAGAGCUAUGUGAAUUCUGGUUCUGUCAUUUAAGUGACUUCAAAGAAAGAAAACCAUAUCUUUUUUUUUUAGGUUAAUAUUUUCUAUACAAAAGAAACUUUUGGUUGACCAAUUCUAGUACAGUAUUCUCUGUACAGUACAUUUCUACCCCAUGAAUUGUUCAGAAAUCCCAAAAAGAUCUUCAUUAUAGACAUCAGUUCUGUUGAAUGCAAGUUUUGACAUUUUGAUUGCAUUUACCAUUUUCUGCUUGACUUCCAAUUACUGUAGGUGGACUUUUAUUUCCCUGUUUAUUCACAGUCCAUGGAGAAUGAGGCAUAAUUUUAUUAUAUAGUUAAAUGGCAGCAAAGACUGUAUAUUUAUAGUUAAGAAGUAUGUGAAAGCAGGAAAUGACACCAGCUCAAAUUUUUUUUUUUCCUUAGGAACUAUAUCUGAUCUGGUGAUCCUUGUACCUAUAAUUGUAUGCAGACUUUUGAACCUUUGCAAAGUUUUAGAUAAAAGUUUUCACACAUACAUCAAGGUGCUAUAGUACAUUUCCUGCUUUUUAUGUAGUUUAUUGCAGCAGCAGCAAGGCUGGUAUCUGCAAUUAGACUGUGUAUAUUGUAUGCAUUAUGCUUAUUUAUUUUGUUUUUAUUUUGCUCAUAUGGUGUAUGGGUCAACUUUAUGAUAGCUUCAGUAUUCAUAUCUUUAUAUCAGGUAGUAGUUGUUUCCAGGUAUUUAGUUGGCAACAGUGAGUUGAACUUAUUUAUAUUCUUGUUUUGAGGUGGUCAUAAUAUACUAGUAGAAAAAUAUAACUGAAAAGAACUUACAAACGAAGACCAACUGAUGUUUGAGCACAUUUGCCAAUUUAAUGUAAAAUAGAAUGAAUCAUUGGCUCCUCAAAAACUUUGAUUUGUAAGGUUAGUACAUACGUGGCUUUAAUAUAGUGAGAAUAUUGUCAGUGUUAUUAAAGAUUAGACAAAAAUGACUUUAGAAUCACAGUGAAUAUUGGAAGAUGAUUUGUUCUACGAGGUUGGUAUAUUUCCCCACUGCUCUAUUUUAUGCAACAUAUAUGAGAUAUAAUGAAUGAAUAUAAAAUACCUUGCAAGUGGAAAUGAAUGCUACAUGUCCUAAAGUUAUUUAAUAUAUUUUUACCUCUGAAAGAAUUAUAAUGUUAGUUUUCAUAUGCAGAUCCUUUAUCACAUUCAUAAAGAAAAAUCUAAACACUUUUCAAAUACUGUUCUAUUAAUCAUUGUAUCAUAGGCAAAAUUUGCUCAAAUAUGCAAAAAUAAGCUUCAUGAACUGUUAAGAUAUUAUUAACUGUUGUAUACCAAAGAUUUCUUAAAUAUAAUGGGUAUUAAUGUUAAAGACAACAACAACAUUAUUUAUUGUAAAAAUGGUUGACAUUCUAGAAAUGAUCAGUCAAUUCCUGUGUAAGCAUUGUGCAUUAGCCUUCUGCCCAUUUUACUUCACUCAUCAUAACUAACGGUUUGGGUUUUUCACAGUAACAUUGCACGCUGUGGGUGAAGCAAUAAAUAAAAACCCCUUGGGAAGCAAUGCACUUUCAUUCAAGACUAAGUUUUUGUUGUGCAUUUCUCAAGGUUCUUGAUUUAUGGAAGUUAUAUGAAGUUUAGUUUUGUGAGGUUUCUUAGCUCAGUUUUACAAUAGUAUAGCCUUACAAUGCUGUAUUCCUCCCAGGAAUUGUAACUGAUCUGAGUUGAAGAUAUGAACAUGAAAAUGUAGUUUGUACCAUUUGUAAAUAAAAUCAAUUUUGGGGUCUAAAAGAUAUCUUUUAUUUUGAAUCUGGUUAUAUGAUCCAGCUCCUUUUUCUUGGCAUUCUCUUAUUUCAGUAAAGAUGUGACCUAUAUAGGUUAUGUAGGAAGAACAGUUAGGAUUCUUUUUGUCUAGGACUUAUAAAUUCUUAGAAAAAUCUACUCCUUAACUAGUAUUUCAUGGAAGUAUUUAUUCAGCCUAUAUUUGGAAAAAGGACCUUUUAUUCAUAUGCUUCCAUUUUUUAUGAACCAUGUACUGAACUUCAUUCCAUUUCAUUAUCAUAACUAUCAGAGAAUAAUUUUAUGUUAGUAUUAUAUAACACUGAAAAGAAAAGCACACUUUUGACCAUAUCCUUGAAGAUUUAGGGCUUAGAGUUCUAAAUAAAUAAGUAAAACCCAUUUUCCAAGUACAGUAGGCAUUUUAUUAUUAAAGCACUGUAACAUUUUGAAUGUGUGUGUGUGUGUCUGACUGAUGAGUGCAUUUGUGAUUUGGGGUAUGUUAUGUGGCUUAAAAAUAUCAAAUGACAAAUUUGUUAAGGUUUCCAUAUUUUUUUCAAUUACUGAUAGUUCUUUAGCUGUUUGAAUUUAGACUAGACAACUUUUAGGAGCAUGUUAGAGUUCUCAUAUUUUACAAAGUAAGUAAGAGUUAUUAUUGUUGGACAGGUAUUGGAAUUAGCAUAUACAGUAUAUACAGCCUGUACAUUUUUUAGUGGUGGUUAAAUUCUUACAUUGUUGACAUUUGUAAAAAAAAAAAAUUUAAACAUAUUUUGUUGUAAGGGUUUUAUACAUGAUGGAUUUAGCUUGCAGUCAUGUUCAAUGUUAGUUUGAGAUUUUUAGUUUUUCUUGAGUCAGAUUUAAAAACUACUGUACACUGUUAAACUUUUAAGAAUAGAGGCUGAGAAUCAAGGCCUAGCUGCUUUACUGCCGGUUGUUUUGUAUAAGAUGUUUGAUUUAUAUGUGGGACAUACCACAUAUUUUUAUGACAUUGGUUAUAUUUAUGUGAUAUUUUCCUUGAACCUACUGCAGUAGAGAGCCCGAGCUUUUAUUUCUUAAGAACUAAAUGUUAUUCUGGUAAAUAAUGGGCUUACUGGUAAUUUCACUUAUAUUGCUGAAUUACUUCUCAGUUUUGAAACAAGACUUGCAUUUUCCACUAAAAUCUCUCAUUGAAUGGCCAUUGGAAUACAAUAAGGUGGUUAUAUAUUUUUUUCUUUUUAAAGUUUUUGUUUACUCUGGAUACUGUCCUCCUCAUUUGAUACUCUUUCCAAUGUUCUUAAUGAAGGUCAGAUAAAGUAUCAGCCUUUUAUUAGCCUGGUUACCAUCACAGCAGUAGUGAAUGUAUCUCCCUGCUGUUCGAGCUUUCAGAUGGGAAGGGAUUGUUCCCAGAGUUGUAAUCAGGAUCUUGUUUUUUCACUUAAAGGAAAGUACAGUUUAGUAUGUACUUAUUUUUGCUAUUCUUGUGACUGGAUAUUUUAAUUUUGUAAAUUACUUUUUGUAUUCCAUCAGUUUGCCUGCUACAGCUUCUUUCAAUCUUUUGUCUAGAAACUGCAUCUGUGAAGAUUAUACAGUUUUUCAUCUCUUAAAAAAUCACAUUUAUAGCUGUUGUCAUUCCCUUUUCCAUCACACAGUGUACUAUGUAUUGCCUUUUUGGGGCUUUUAUUUCUGACAUCCCAUAAAAGUCUCCUAGUAUUUAAUUACUACUGUAGUUCUAUAAUUGUUGUUUGGGAGUUUCAUACUAUAUCAGCAAUUGGUCAGUCAUUUAAACCAUCCUGUUGUAUAUACUUAAAACUGUUUUGUCGAGUAUCAAAUCAUCCGUAAUUCUAUUUCAGGUAGAAAAAUAGCUUUAGCUUCAGUAUAAUGCAGAGUACUUUACAGCGUGUUUAGUACCUAUGAUUACCUACAAAAAUAUUAUACCGUAUCAAUCUUCCUAGGAUGUUGUUGAAUGUCUUCAUUUCAUGUCAGUAAAUUAUAAUAUUUAAUUUUGAGCCUCUGUUAUCUUUAUAUCGGUCCUUGGAAGUACAAUUGCAAUAAUCGUUGGAAGCUGGAAACAGGACAUAUCAGUUAAGCUUUUACUGCCAAACCUUUUCUCUCAGUUUCAGUUCAAUCUCCUGCUGAGUCACCCCCUCACCCCCUUUAGCCUUUUAUAGCCGAAUGUGUUCCGACAUAUUUUAUAGUUUCUAGCUAACUUUUUUUUUUUUUUUUUAUUGGAAGUUUGGAAGGGCCCAUACUUGUCAGGAUUGGACAGAAGAGUGACAUUUCUUAAGGAGUAUAGAAAUAAAAUAUUUACAUAA